CAAGCGCGUUAAACAGCUGGACCCCGCUGAGGGAGAACGGGGCUGUCAGAGGAGCCUCUACACCUCCACCUCCCACACCUCCACCUCCUCUCAGGAGAACCUGUGGACUGCUUUAUUUCAGCUGCAUUACAGGAGAACCGGGAGCUCGGCGGAGAGACGCUCCUGCAGUCUGCAGGAAUGGAGAAGCAGAAAGUGCUGGAGCAGCUGCUGGAGGAGCUGCAGCGUUUUCUGAAAAUCCUGGAUGGAGAAUACCUGAGUGGAAAUGCCAGUGUUCAGAAGAGCCUUCUCACUGACCUGCUGCAGUCUUACAAAUCCUCAAAUGGAGGAGAUGAAGAAUACAUCUACAUGAACAAAGUCAUCGUCACUGGACAGAACCAGGACAAACCAGACAGAGACCACAGAGCGGAAGCAGAGGCCAAUGGAAGAUCAGGAAAGCAUGUCUGUGCCCCACAGAAGAGUCUACCAGAGCUUCCUCCACCCAGAACACCUUUAAUAGCAAGGGAGCCCUUUCCUCUUCCUCCAGCUCCAGCAUGUCUCGAGUCUCCAGAGGGUUACUACGAGGAAGCUCAGCCCUAUGAUUCAGCUAUCAAUGAUGAAGGAGAUGCAGUGAGCAGCUCAUAUGAGUCUUAUGAUGAAGAGGAGGUGUCUAAAGAGCAGCCGUCUGCAGCACAGCACCAGUGGCCAUCCACAGAGGCGUCCAUUGAGCUGAUGAAGGAUGCACGGAUCUGUGCUUUCCUCUGGAGGAAGAAGUGGCUGGGCCAGUGGGCCAAACAGCUGUGCGUCAUCCGAGAGAACCGUCUCCUGUGUUACAAAAGCUCAAAGGACCAGACUCCCCUGCUGGAUGUCAGCCUGGUGGGAUGUAGUGUCAUCUACAAAGAGAAACAGCUGAAGAGGAAAGAGCACAAGCUGAAGAUCAUCCCCCAGGGCGGGGAGGCCAUCGUAUUGGGCCUACAGAGCAAAGAGCAGGCUGAACAGUGGCUGAAGGUGAUCCAGGAGAUUAGUCCAAAAUCUGCAGAGAACUCUGACAUAUCAGAUUCCCCCAGACUCAUCUGUACUAAGGGUGAGCUUAAUGAGAGAUAUUCUGUAGCCUCAGAGAGCGGCAGCAGCACAGACAGCCAUGCUGAGAACCUCGAGACUAAAGAUGCAGUUAAAAAGAAAUAUGGUGCUGGUCUGAAGUUAAGCAAUCUGAUGAACAUUGGGAAAAAGAAGAUUUCGUCUUUAGAGAGUCCAGAGAAGUGUGUGGACACAUCAGGAUAUCUGAACGUGUUGGUGAACAGCCAGUGGCGCACCCGCUGGUGUCUGAUAAAGAAUGGGCAGCUUUGGUUUUAUCAGGACAAGGGCAAGUCUAAGGUGUCCCAGCAGCCUGUGCCUCUGGAAGGGUGCAUGGUCCUGCCAGACCCCAGCCCUGAACACCUUUACUCAUUUCGCAUUCAGAUGGAUGGAGAGCAGCUUGCUAUUCUGGAGGCUAAAUCAUCUGCUGAUAUGGGUCACUGGCUGGGGUUACUACUGUCACAGACAGGGACCAAAACUGACCCGGAGGAUCUCACCUAUGACUAUGUAAACUCUGAAAGAAUAUCCAGUAUAGUCAAUGCAGCCAAGACCUCCCUGUACCUAAUGCAGAGAAGAUACUCUGAGCCCAACACUUACACAGACAGCCCCCCUUCAAACCCCAACGGCUCUGACGACAUAUAUGAUGACGUGGCCUCAACAGAGAAUGAACAAGAGGACGGUCAGGAAGGCAGCAGUGAGUUGGUGAACUCAGAGCAGGACGGGAAAGACAGAGUGUAUCUAGACCUGAUCCCUGUGCGCUCCUUCCUCCACACGAGUUCGGGAAGAGUGUCCCCCCAGUCCACUCCCUCUCCACAGACAGAGCGCAGCCCCACCCCAACUCUCACCGUCGAGACACAGGACACUGCGAAUGAGGAUAUUAAAUCUGCAGUGUCAGUGUAUGAAACUUCAUUACCCACAACCACAGAGUGCCCUGAUGCUCCUCCACCCAUCGCCCCGAGACCCGAUCUAGACACUCCAACAUCCUCCAGCUCCAGUGUGCAGCCCCAGAAUCACCAAACACAGUUACAGAACCAGCACCAACAACAGCACCAAACACCCCACUCUCAGCCCCAGAGGACCUGUCUGCCCAGUCAAGAGGGCCCGAAGAAAACCACUCCCCACAGCCCUAGCAAUCCACGAAGCCAUACACUGAGUCAACUACACACACCUUCACACACACCUCAAAGCCCCCCCACCGCCCGAGGAAGAGCAGCAAGCACUGAUAGAUUCCUCGACAGACUGAAGCCCUCUGCAGCAGCGUGCACGGGGUCAAUCGAGGUGAAGCUGGGGAAGAACCGGACGGAGGCUGACGUGCGGCGCUUCACAGAUGAGAGAGACCGGCUGGAGCGAGAGAGGGAAGAGGUCAAAAACACUCUGGCCACGCUGAGGAAGGAGAGGAGGGAAGCGAAAGAGGAGCUGAGCUCCUGCAAAGACUCCUCUAAACAAGCGUCUCUGGAGGCGUUUCUGAAACAGAGGGAGGAGGCGUGUCGAGAGGCGGAGCGUCGACGGGUGGAGGUGGAGCUCAGCCUGGUUGAGGUGAAGGACAACUUGAGGAAGGUGGAGGCAGGACCCUUUACUCUGGGCACCACAGUAGACAGCAGCCUACUGGAGACACAGCCUUUGGUCAGUGUGCCAACCAGGCCCAAGGCAGCUCCUCUUGCCCCAGCAGCACCUGUUAACAAUGGAGAUUCCUCACCUGUAAACUCAGCUACAGCACUGAAGAGCAGGCCUUUGUCGAUCAUGGCAGCAAGCAAAGGAAACGUUCUGCAAAAAGCCAAGGAGUGGGAGAAGAAAUCAACAACCUAGGCAUGAAAAUGGAACUACAGAGCUCAAAAUGUGAUCUUAUAAGGACCCUCAACAAAGCAGAGUUUCUGGUCAGCUUCAGCUGUAAUGUCUACCUUGGCCAGGCUUUUUUUCCACAGGAAAGAAUGAAGACUUUCUUUCUUCAGAUGUGCCUCUGCCCCCUCAGCCCUUAUGGAACACCACCUUUUUCUUCAGUUACUCCAUUGAGAGACUGCAAUGGUACUGCCCACUGCUGGCAGCUUUGCAGAGGUAAUGCUGUUGUCUUAUGGUUCCCCCAGCAAUGCCACUGGACACGGUUGAAUCCAUAUCUAUUUAAGUCUUUUUUUUUUUUUUUUUUUUUUUUUUUUUACAUGGAAAAAUAGAGGGAUUUUAAUAUUUUUUUUUAUUGCAGUAAUGAACAGAUUUAAGAAAGGAUGUUGUACUGAUCGUCUUAAUGGAGAUAUCCUGUGUAAAAUAGACUUUGGGCGUAGUGAAACAUGAUCACGAGUAAGAACUUAUGUAUAGCCAACCUCAGUUCGUCCCCAGCAUUGGGAACUACAGCACUUUUAGCUGGCCAAUACUCCAAACAGGCUUACAAUGCUAGUGAUGGGGCAUAGUGAUGCCCAUCCAAAGAAAUCACUUAAACUCAAAGUAGCUCUACACUUUAUUGGUAGAAUUCUGAGGUCUAUUUAAAACAAGGCACUGAGAACUUAAAGUACACAGAUAGUGCCUCUACCACUGCAGUGUGCUGCUAGUUUAAGCUUAUUAAUGGUGUUAGAACUUGGCUAUAUGAAAAAAAAGUUUUUUUUUGUUGUUUUACUAUAGCCAUAGUCCAUUUUAUACUGAAGGUCCCUCUUAGCAUUAGCCAUUUAAUACAGUCUAGACAGUAGCCUGGUUCAUGUAUGCUGGUAGCCUAGAUGUAAAUGUACAAAGCAGUUCAAUAUUGUUCAACUUAUUACUGUAUGCUAUCUAAAACAUGCACUUUUUAUUCAAAUAAAAGAGUACUGACAAAAA